CGCGCGUCCCGCGGGAGGCCCGCCAUGGCGAUGAGCGGCGGCGGCGGCGGCGGCGGCGGCUCGGAGCCGGACGACUCGGUGCUGUUCCGGCGCGGCACGGGCCAGAGUGAUGAUUCUGACAUCUGGGAUGAUACAGCAUUGAUAAAAGCUUAUGAUAAAGCUGUGGCUUCUUUUAAGCAUGCUUUAAAGAAUGGUGACGUUGGUGAAACUACAGAUAAGCCAAAAAGCACCCCUAGAAGAAAACCCAUUAAGAAUAAAAGUCAAAGGAAGAAUAACACAACUCCUUUGAAACAGUGGAAGAUUGGUGACAAAUGUUCUGCCAUUUGGUCAGAAGAUGGCUGCAUUUACCCAGCUACCAUUGCUUCCGUUGAUUUUAAGAAAGGAACCUGUGUGGUGGUAUACACUGGAUAUGGAAAUAGAGAGGAGCAAAGACUGUCUGAUUUACUUUCCCCAACCUCUGAAGUAGGAAAUAAUACAGAUCAGAAUGCUCAGGAGCAUGAACAUGAAAGUCAAGUUUCAACUGAUGAAAGUGAAAGCUCCAGGUCUCCUGGAAGUAAGCUGAAUAACAACGCGUCAAAAGCUGCUCCAUGGAGCUCUUUCCCCCCGCCGCCACCCCCAAUGCCAGGAUCAGGAUUGGGACCAGGAAAGCCAGGUCUAAAAUUCAAUGGCCCACCACCACCACCUCCACCACCCCAUUUCCUGUCACGCUGGAUGCCUCCAUUUCCUUCUGGACCACCAAUAAUCCCCCCCCCACCUCCCAUCUGUCCAGACUCUCUUGAUGACACGGAUGCUCUGGGGAGCAUGUUAAUCUCAUGGUACAUGAGUGGCUACCACACUGGCUAUUAUAUGGGUUUCAGACAAAAUCAAAAAGAAGGAAGAAGCUCACAUUUCAAUUAAGGAGGGGCGGGUGGUGAUCUUCCCUGGCACCUCCUCGGGACGGAGGGGGGGCUGCCCCCUGGCACCCCCUGCCGGGCGUCUGGUCAGGACGGGCCGGGUCCUUGGGCAUGCUGAGUGAGAGCGACUCCGCUGUGGAAAUGUGAGCACUUGGAAGAAGCGCCAGGUUCCGUUCAGUACAUGAGUUGGGCUGUCAAAACUGCGAUCAGCACUUUGUAUAACUGUGACUUUCUUAGUAAAUAUGGUAAGCUUUUUACUAAUGCCUUUCAAAAUAAAAGAAUUUUUUUUGAAA